GUUUUACUUUUCCUAUAAGUCAACGUAUCCACUACUGCGGGCACCUCUAGGGAUAUUGCUUUUGAGGAAAAACGCAACCUGACAAAGACGUUACCAAAUAUGGCAGCGGCCACAGCCGGAGACGGAAGGCCUACUUAUUCUGCAAGCUCUUACUGGGAUCAUCGCUACACCGGGCCUGCUAAGAAUUUCGACUGGUUCUUUAACUACCCAGCGCUCAAGGCUCUCCUGCAACGGUACCUGCCUUCGGGACGGGUUCUCCAUGUUGGCUGCGGGAACAGUAAUAUACAACAAGGCAUGGCCGCGGACGGCUUCAAAGUAACAAACGUAGACAUCUCACCAGUCGUUAUCGAACAAAUGCGUGUCCAACACGCGGACAACGUCUCUCUGGACUAUCUGGUCGCAGAUUGCAGAGCCAUGCCCGAACUCGAGAGCUGCAGUUUCCAAUCCUGCAUCGACAAGGGGACGAUGGAUGCGGUGCUGUGCAGUCAGUCAGGCCAGGUGGACGCCGCCAAAUACCUCCACGAAAUCGACAGGCUGCUCCAGCCCGGCGGUACCUUCCUCCUCAUCUCCCUGGGCGCCCCUGAUGCCCGGGUGGCCAUGCUGGAGAAGCAACUGUGGGGCGAGGUGCAGAUCCUGCUGCUGCCCAAGCCGCUGCUGUACCUGCAGUCCGACGCCUCCCUGUCGGGCCGCCCGCUGCCGGCCCACUGCGCCGCCAACAAGGACGAGCCGGUGCAGCCGCUGGGGCCCUGGCGGCCGCAGGAGGCGGCGGAGCAGCUGGGGCGCAUGCAGCUGGACGCGCGGGACUUCUUCUUCGCUUACCUGUGCACAAAGCCGGG